GCGAAAUUAUCGGUGAUUUGUGUAUAUAAUGGAUAAGGAAAAUGGCGCGGAUGACAGGGAAAUUGGAUCUGCAAGCAAUACUGCGCAUUUUGAAGAUUCGGUGCCCCCCAUUUCGCUGCCACCCGUUAACGUUGAGAAACUGACUGCCCGCAAUUUGUUUCAAUUAUAUAUCAACACCUUUUUGGGUUCCUCUUUCGCCGAAAGCUGGGUGUAUCCCCUCGAUGUCACCAAGACUCGGAUGCAGCUGGAGCACGAGGAGGCGAAAAAAACGGGCGCCAAAGUAAAAAACAUGUUCACCACAAUGUAUGGGGUCGGACGUAACGAGGGCAUUAAGAGUCUGUAUAGUGGACUGUCGGCAAUGAUAAUACGCAAUCUGCUCUUCAACUCGCUCCGGGUGGUGUUCUACGAUAUAAUACGCCGACAACUAAUCUACCAUAAUGAGGAGGGAAAGGAGGUGCUGACGGUGGCGCAUGCUUUUUUUGGGGGAAGUGUUGCCGGCUGUAUGGCUCAGUUUUUGGCCAACCCCUUCGAUAUUGUCAAGGUGCGAAUGCAAAUGGAGGGGAGGCGACGACUGCAGGGUCUGCCCACACGUGUGCACAAUGUGGGGCAGGCCUUUAGGGACAUUUACAAGGAGGGUGGAAUCUCCAGUAUGUGGCGGGGCGUAUCGCCUAGUUGCCUACGCGCCUGCCUCAUGACCGCCGGCGAUGUUGGCUCCUAUGAUCUAAGCAAGCGAAAUUUUCGCAAAUACCUGCAAUUAGACGAUGGUCUAGUCCUGCAACUCCUUUCAUCCCUCAGUGCUGGACUGGUGGCCAGUAUCUUAAGUAACCCGGCUGACGUAAUCAAGUCACGUGUCAUGAAUCAGCCCGUGGAUGAGAAGGGCAGAGGGCUCAACUAUAAGAACUCGGCCGAUUGCUUCAUAAAACUCAUCAAGGAAGAGAAUGUGCUGGCUCUGUACAAGGGCCUUAUACCAUGCUGGUUACGCCUGGGUCCUUGGUCCGUAAUUUUUUGGCUAUCCCUGGAGAAACUGCGAGAAUGGGAGGGCCAAUCGGGCUUCUAAGCUUCAAUUGUCAACUUAAAAUUUCGUGUAUUCUAAAUCUUAGUAUAAGUAGUAGUAAUAACAACAACAAAUAUAUCGUGAAACUGUUUAAAUUUUAA